GGUAUCAAGGAGAGGGGCUGGCGGACGGAGUGGCCAACAUGUCCAACGACAGUAUCCACUGGGAGGCGAGAUACGGGCCAGCUGGGCCGCCGCGUUUGCUUGGAUGGAACGUCCCCGCGGAGGAGAUCGUUCACAUACCGGACCACUGGCUGGUCUAUCCCGAGCCGAACCCCUCCCUUCAUUAUUUAUUGGCCCUACUGUACAUUCUUUUCACUUUCCUCGCGCUCCUCGGGAACGGCUUGGUGAUAUGGAUCUUUUGCGCCGCGAAGUCACUGAGGACUCCGUCGAACAUGUUCGUCGUGAAUCUCGCGAUAUGCGAUUUUUUCAUGAUGAUCAAGACUCCCAUCUUCAUAUACAAUUCCUUUAACACCGGGUUCGCUCUGGGCAAUCUAGGAUGUCAGAUAUUCGCCGUCAUCGGCUCGUUAACUGGCAUAGCUGCUGGAAUGACGAACGCUGCGAUAGCUUAUGAUAGAUACAGCACCAUCGCGAGACCUCUUGACGGGAAAUUGUCGCGCGGUCAAGUGAUGCUUUUCAUCGUCCUCAUUUGGACCUACACCAUACCAUGGGCACUGAUGCCGGCCAUGGGAGUUUGGGGCCGUUUCGUGCCCGAGGGCUUCCUCACGAGUUGCACUUUCGAUUACCUGACGGAUUCAAACGAGAUACGAUAUUUCGUCGGGACCAUAUUCACCUUCUCCUACGCCAUUCCGUUGACAAUGAUUAUAUACUAUUACAGCCAGAUCGUUAGCCAUGUCGUGAACCACGAGAAGGCGCUCCGGGAACAGGCGAAGAAGAUGAACGUUGACAGCUUAAGGAGUAACGCGUCUACGAACAGUCAGAGCGCCGAGAUUCGCAUAGCCAAGGCUGCCAUCACCAUCUGCUUCCUGUACUUAUGCUCGUGGACCCCGUACGGCGUAAUGGCGAUGAUCGGCGCGUUUGGUAAUAAAGCUCUGUUAACUCCCGGUGUCACGAUGAUACCAGCAUGCACGUGUAAGGGUGUCGCUUGUUUGGAUCCAUACGUGUACGCUAUCAGUCAUCCGAAAUACAGGUUGGAGCUGCAGAAACGGUUACCAUGGCUCGAGCUGCAAGAGAAACCGAUAUCGGACGCGCAGAGUACCACCACCGAAACCGUGAAUGCACCUGCAGCGGCCUCGAGCUAGACUUUGAUCGAAACAUUUGUUGCCGGUAAACAAAUGUUAGGAACUGGACUUGGCACUCGCGCGAUCCUAUGUUUUCACUUUGUUCGAAAUACGCGAUCCUUGUAUAGCAAAAGUAACCACAAUAAAGCAAUUUCCUGGCA